AAGAGGUUCUCCUAUCAGUAUACGUGAAGUGCACUUGUCAUUGUUCACUAGUUAACACACAGAUACAAUGUAUCAGGCGCUCGGAACGUUGGCUCAGAUAUGGCAGGAAGGUUCUGUCUGAGGGCUACACCCAGAUACGAAAAGAUUCAAGAAUCCUUUUCCGGAGCAUUCAGCCUUUCUAUCUGCACAGAAGGGCUUUCUGUGUGCGAUACUGGGAUUGCCUGACCUUUUUGUCCAUUGAAUGAUCAGGAGUUCUCAGUCAGGUAGUAAACGUUUACCCAGUGCUGCUUAUGGAAAAUCUUUUUUCAAGAUGAACUGCAAGAACCUCCUUCACCACUAUACCAGUUUGUGACUAAGUUGAACAGAGCUAAAUUUUUUAUUUUUUUCAAAGCUGGCAGCCACAGUGUGAAAUAACAUGUUUUUAACAUUUUCAAGAAAAUCUGUUUCACAGAAACUAAGCAUAUUGCUGCUUGCGUUUGGAUUCAUUUGGGGACUGAUGUUGCUACGCUACAUGUUUCAAUAUCCAAGACACCAAAGCAGUGGGGAACUUAGAGAUCAGAUAUUAGACUUGAGUAGAAGAUAUGUUAAAGCUUUGGCAGAGGAGAACAAAGACAUUGUAAAUGGUGGGAAUGGAGGAUCCGUGUCAGGAUACGCUGACUUGAAGAGAACAAUUGCAGUACUUUUGGAUGACAUCCUGCAACGCCUGGGAAAACUAGAGAACAAAAUAGAUUGCUUUGUGGUAAAUGGCUCCUCUACCAACAGUACUAGUGGCAGUCCAAGUGGCAAUCUGGUUCCAUUAACAACAAGUAAACGCAUCAAUAACCCUGGAAACAGAAGAUAGCAAUAAAGAGACAACUAAAAAACUAAAAAUUACACCUCCCAGGAAACAUAACUAUCCUUAAUACUGACUUUUAAGUACAAUUACAAACUGAUGUUAUUUAAAUUCCGCUUUAAUAUUCUUGGAAAUAAAGACUGCUGUAUCAUAGAGUGCUAAACACUGAGAUCCAAACGAUGGAACGUUGUAGAAUGUAACGGUUACUUGCCAUAAUACAUUUUAUAGUAGAUGGAGUGGGUAUAUACAGUUUGUGUAAUAUAUAUAUUUUACUGUAUAUACACACUCAAUACAGAUAAUGUUUUUAAAUUUUGGUUUUUCUAGAAGGUAAGUGAGUCAAGUUUCAGUUUUGAUGCUUUGUACUUAGUACUGUAAGAAAUAUUUUGGACUUAUAAAAUAAAGUGUACACUUGUAGUAGUAUAUUAUAUUUUGCUACACAGAGGAUUUAUGUUAAAGCUGAGGUUCUGAACGUGUGACCCAAAGAAUGUAUUUAUUUGCACUAUCUGUCAAAUCAUAACCGUAGAAGACUUGCUGUAACUCCUCUAAUUUAUGUGCGUGCACACACAUGAAAUAAAGAUGGGAAAUACUUAAAAUAAAAA